GUUUCCUGGCCUUUAUCAAAAAUGACAAGAACCUGGGACGGUCCACUGGAGGCUAUGAGGGAACAAGUUAACAAGUACUGUAGCUACCUCCAUGGACCAAAUGGCAUUUAUACUGGCCCCAAUUCUUUCUUUCUGGAAACAGAGAAAUGCAAAGGAAAUGUGUUCUUCAAGUACUGUGAAAGAUUUGUUAUGAUGCAUAGUUCUUUUUGUUUCCAAGGGCUCUGAGAAAGACUACCAGCUGUGGGUGAGUGCUGGCAAGGAAGCGUCCCCACACCCACUCACUGGACAUAAACAUCCCUAUGGAAUUAAAAUGAGCCAUCUUCCAUCUACCACACUGCUGCCGCAGACACCAGAGGACUCCAUCUCUCCUUCCACCCUCCAGGAGUCCCUCCUUCUGGAGCAGGGGUUCGCAGAGAUGCAAGGCCGGUUCAUCCUGAAGCCCAGGCACCCGGCGCAGAAUGAGCAAGGGAGAGAUUACAGGCAGAAGACGGUUAAAAGCGGUUUUUUCAGAGACUGGGCCUGUUGUCUGGGCUCCAGCACUAGCCAGGACAGCCAGUGCACAACCCCACCUUCUUCAAAGCCAGGACAGCUCUUUGGAGUUUCCCUCAUGGAUGUGUGUAAUAAAGACAACUUGCCCUUCCCAAUCCUGGAUAUGCUUUCCUUUAUUAAUCAAAAAGGGUCACUCACAGAAUGCAUCUUCAGCAAAUCACCCAAUAUAAAAUCAACCAGGGUCCUAAAGGAGAAACUAAAAUCUGGGGUCAAAGUGGACCUGUACAGCGAAUCUGUUCAUGUUGUCGCAUCCGUCUUAAAGGAUUUCCUAAGAAAUAUCCCAGGAUGUAUAUUUUUGUCUGAUCUCUAUGACAAAUGGCUCGGUGUUAUUGAUCAAGGGAACGAAGAGGAGAAGAUGACUGCAGCGCGGAGGUAA